AUGUCCACGAUCAGCGCUGGGCGCAAGAAUAGCGCCCCAUUAGAGGUUAUGCAGAAGGCUGGCUGGAAGAUCGACGAGAAUGAGAAAGCCUGCUACAUUGAUAUAGAGGAGGAUGAUGACGAUGCUGAUGCCAAUGACAAACUGGACGAAUCGCAGCGCGUUUAUUCCCGCUGGUCCGAGCUGCCGAAUCUAGUAUUGGAGGAAGUAUUUACGUAUCUCACGCCCAAGGAACGCUACUAUGCCAGUCUGGUCUGCCGGCAAUGGUACAGUGCCUUCUACUUGCCCACCGUCUGGAACAAUUUCGUGGUCGAUGAUCGCACGUUAACGCGCCCCAAGUACAACUACUACUCGGGCUGGCAGUAUUGCCUGGAUCACAUGCGAACACAGAACUGUUUGGCGCGCAUUGGCAAACACCUGAGAGGCAUCGAGUUCCGGCCCUGGCAUAGCUUCAAUAACAUCUAUCAGUUUAUGACGAUGUUGUCGUGGAGCAUGGAUAAGGGCAACGAAAACCAUCCGCAAUCUGAACUGAUUGGCAUGGGUCGUCGCAUACGAUCGCUGGUCUAUCAUUUUCCCUGCAACAUGUCGCAACCUAAUGAUCCCGAGGGCAUCAAGCUGUUCGGCACCGGUGGACAGCUGUUGAAGGGUCUCAAGGAGCUGAUGCUGCGCCUGACCGAUCUGCACACACUGAAGCUAGUUGACUUUGUGCUGGAGCGCUUCGAGGCGAACCACUUGCUGGACGAAGUCCUCUGCAGCUGCUGCACCAAAAUGCGUGUCCUCAAUCUGGUGAAUGUGACCACAGUGCACUGUCCCAUCAUGCAUGUGGGACUGUUUCUCAAUUUGCGCGUGCUUACAAUAUCGCCGCAGAACAUCGACGACGACGUUUUGUCUCUGCUGGCCGACACCAAGUUGCGUCAUCUGCAUUUGCUGCAAAACUGCUAUACGCCCAACCAUCUGAGCAUCAGCGCCUGCGGCGUCAAGGCCUGGCGCAGCCUGAAGGCCACGAAUCCACAGCUCAGAGUUCAUCUGCGCGUCGAGAAUCUGGUGGACGGCGACGUCGUGCUGCAGCCCGAAGCACCCGUGCACAGCAUCACCUACUGGGCUCCACAAGCACGCAUACGCACCGAACUGCUGCUCCGCAUGGUGGAUCACUACAAGAACACCUUGACGGUCUACGGCCACGAGCUCUUGCCGCGUUUCAGCAGCCCGAAGUCCUUCGACAGUCGCAUCGACAGCGUGCUGCUGCUGAUGUGCAGGCAGUGCUUCAACCUGGAUACCUUGGUAAUACGGGAAAAGGUGUCCACAUCAACGUUGCUGCUGCUGGCACGCACCGCCAAGAAUCUGCAGAAGCUGCACGUGCGGCGCUUCGCUGUCAUCUUACGUUGCGACUGGCCGCGGCAUCCGGAGUGGAGCAACGAGUUCCACUUGUGGCUGAAGCGCAACUCGCGCUCCUACGAGGCGGUCGAACGUGAAAUCUCACAGAUAUUGGGCUAUAAAUGGAAUUUGCUCAGUGAUCGCGACUUCAAACAGCUGACUGUGAACGUGAAGGCGGGCGCGUGAAACCACGCCCACUUUCAGUUAAAAAAAUUUAAAAAAAAGAAAUCAAAAAAAUAUAAAAAACCUGCAACUUGUGAUAAACGGUGUAGAGCUUUAUUAGCUGAUAACAAUUUGAAGACGAAAAAAAGCACAAAAUAAAUCAAAUAUUUA